AUGAGUGAACCUGCGUACAAUGCCAUUGAGGACUACGGCUUGAUCGGGGACAUGCACACCUGUGCCCUGAUCAGCAAGGCCGGUAGUUUGGAUUACAUGUGUUGGCCAGUCUUUGACUCUCCUACCGUUUUCUGUCGUCUGCUGGAUGACAAGAAAGGAGGCUUCUUCUCUGUGAAACCCCACAAGACGGUGGUAGAUGCUCACAGCAAGCAGCGGUAUCUUCCAUACUCGAACCUGCUUGAAACCAGGUGGACCAACGAGGAUGGCGUCGCCACAUUGCUUGAUUACUUCCCCGUCACACCUAAAAGGCUGCACAGUCGUCCCUCGGGAUUGCAGCACUCGGGCCUGAUCAGAAAGCUAGAGUGUAGUCGUGGCUCGAUGGAAUUGCAAGUGCAGCUGUUCCCGGCUUUUAAUUAUGCGCGAGAGUCGCACAACACUCGGGCAAAGCUGGAUGAUGACAUGUCCAAACACCGGCUGCAGACUGUCCACUUCGAGAGUGAGACAGAGCGGCUGCAACUCGAGAUCUUUGCCGAUUCACGGGAGCCAGAUAAGCUUGGUUUUCCCUCGGCGUCUUUGAAACUGGAAGAACGUGAUGGCCUCCGUGGCCGCGGAUUGGUGGCCUGGAUCCGCCUGUCGGAGGGUCAGACCGUUCAUCUGGUGUUGCACAGCCCCGAGAAAGCUGUCCCCAGCUCGGCCACCAUGGCAGCUUACCUCAUGAAAAUGGAGGAGGAAACUUCCGACUACUGGACCGACUGGACACGCAAGUGUGCCUUCCGUGGUCAUUACCGAGAGACCGUUGAACGCAGUCUCUUAAUUCUGAAGCUGUUGACCUACAAACCGACGGGUGCAAUUGUUGCGGCGCCCACCUUCUCGCUUCCGGAAAAUGUCGGAGGCGCCAGAAACUGGGAUUAUCGAUACUCCUGGGUGCGUGACACAGCCUUCACGCUAUAUGUCUUUCUCAAAAUGGGGUAUAGCCAAGAGGCGGAAUCGUAUGUCAACUUCAUCUUCGAGCGGGUCUUCCCACAUGCUUCCCAAGACCUUGAUCCUAACAGCAAGAAGCCAUUCUUGCCGCUGAUGUUCACUAUUCGGGGCGAGUACGACAUUCCCGAGGUGGAACUGGACCACCUCGAUGGGUACAAAGGCAGCAAGCCUGUUCGCAUCGGCAAUGCUGCGGUCUUCCACACGCAGCUAGACAUAUACGGCGAAUUGUUGGACAGUAUCUACCUGUACAACAAGCACGGAAACCCCAUCACCUAUGAUCAAUGGAACUCUAUCCGGCGCAUGAUCAACUACGUCGUCGGGGUUCGGAACCUGAAGGACAUGUCCAUUUGGGAAUCGCGUGGGCAGAUCCAAAACUUUAUUUACUCGAAGAUCAUGAUGUGGGUGGCCCUGGAUCGCGGUAUUCGCCUUGCGGAGAAGCGUGCUAGCCUGCCAUGCCCGGAUCGAUUUGAUUGGAUUAGGGUCCGUGACGAGAUGUACGACGAAAUCAUGACCAAGGGAUACAACGAAGAGCGUGGCCAUUUCUGCCAGAGUUAUGAGAGUCGCGAGGUCCUAGAUGCAUCCAUCUUGAUUGCCCCCUUGGUCUUCUUCGUUGCACCCAAUGAUCCGCGAUUCAUCAGCACGCUGAAGAGGAUUUUACAAAGCCCCGAGAAGGAGGGCCUGUCCAGCGCUAAGAUGGUGUUCCGAUAUGACCACACGAAAGCCAAUGAUGGUAUGACAGGAGGCGAGGGGGCUUUCAUCAUGGUAACCUUCUGGCUUGUGGAAGCUAUGGCUCGUGCUGCCAAAUACGAUGUGCCCAUUCCAAACAUCUGGAAACUUGCGCUUUCGCACUUUGAUAACAUCCUGUCAUACGCGAAUCACCUGGGCAUGUUUUCUGAAGAAGUAGCCAUAUCUGGUGAGCAGAUGGGAAACUCCCCACAAGCUUUCAGUCACCUAGCCUGUAUUAGCGCUGCAAUCAAUCUGGGAAGAAGUGGACGAGUCGGUGGUGACUAG